AUGAAAGGCUGCCUGGGCCUCACCUCCGGCCUCGAGCGCAGCCCAGGCUGCCAGUGUAAGCCGGCGCCGCGGCUGCCUUCCCCCAGCGGCGGGGAGGGCAGUGGGGUGCAGGAGCCGGAGCUGGGCUGGGAGCCCGGAUUCCUGCCAGGGCCCGCGCCUCCCCCAGGAGAAGCAGGCGGUGCUGAGCGCCCUGGCGCACACGGCACAGCUGGCCCACGAGAUCCUCAACCGGGCGCCUGGCCUCUGCUGCCACCCCACCCAGGGCGCCGCGGCUGCCUUCCCCCAGCUCCGCACCCCCCCGGUGAGACAGGGGCGCCAGGGGUGGUGGGUCCAGCCCAGCCCGAGCCGGACCCCCUGACUCCCCUCAGGCACGAAGCCUGGAGCCUGACGCCGCCUUCUGCCGGGAGCUGCUGGAGGCGAUGGGGAUCGUGCUGGCGCCGGGCAGCGUGUUUGGGCAGUGCCCGGGCACCACGUCAUGGCUGUCCCUGCUGCCCCCGGCCGAGACGCCGCGGACGGUGCUGGAGACCAUGGAGGACUUGCACGGCGCCUUCCUGCAGGCCUACGCCUGACAGGGCCGGGGGGGAGGCCGUGUGUCCGGCUGAGUGCCCCCCCUCCACCCGACACGCUGAUGAAGAGAAUCGUGGCACGAAGGCUUCAGCCCUUUGCGACGUGGCACAAGGGUCCGGGGCUGCCAAGACUUGGCCCAGGGCAGCAGGGGGUGGAGGCUGCGGGUCGGGAGUGAGGGGCAUUGGCAGGGCUGGGGGGGCAGGGGGCUGCAGGGUGGGAGCGAGGGGCACUGGCAGGGCAGACCCGGGCGGCGUGCGAGCAGGUGUCUGGGUGCGAAGGGAAGCUGGAUGGGACCUUGGCCCUGGGUGGGUUAAUAGGGAACUUGGGGGGGGCGGGGGGACAGGCGGUGCCUGGGCCCUGACCCUGAAAGGGACUUGCCCCCUGUUGGGGGGGCGUGCAGAUUCGCUCCUGGCCUUAACCCUUCCCUGCCUGCAGCUGCACCUGGGAGGGUGCUGGGCUCCUCCACAGCAGCUGGGUGCGGCCCUGCGCCCCUUCCCACCUGUGAGCACGACCAGGGUCCCCUGGCAGGGGGCAGGGGCGGCCCCGGCGGGAGGGGGAGCUGCAGCCAGCGCCCCUGGGAAAACAGCACAGUCCUGCCCAAGCCAUGCCCGUGGGGCUCGCAUCCGGCUGCAGCCCUGCCAGCCUCCGCGGCAGGCAGAGCAUCGAGCCUGGGGCCAGGAUAAGAGCCUCUGGCCGGCCCCGUGGAGGGGUGCAGGGCACCGGGAGCAAGGGCUGAAGAACAGGCCGUUUAAUGUCCGAGCUGGAGCAUGAGGGGUCACGGAGCUGUGCAGGGCACCCGAGG